CUAGCAGCACCGCUACUUCUUCGUUGUCGUCACCGCGCCUCCUCACCACUGGCGUCGUCAACUUCUUGGCCCGCCGCGCCAUGACCACGCAGCAACGAGCAUUUCCCCUCCAGUCGCCGGGGUCCUCCACCGGCUCCGUCGACUCCGCGCCGUGGCAUCGUGCCCCGGCCACCCCGCCUCAGCUCCCAUUCGACACAAACGACGCCGACGAGAUGCUCCUGCUCGACAUGCUCUCCCACUCCGCGCAGGAUGCAGCUGUGCCCUCCACGAGCACGACGGCACCGGUGAAGCGAGAGGCCGUCGACACGGAGGGAGACGUCGGCGGCGGGCGCGCGUUCCGCGGCGUGCGGAAGCGGCCAUGGGGCAAGUUCGCGGCGGAGAUCCGAGACUCAACGCGGAACGGCGUGCGGGUGUGGCUGGGCACCUUCGACAGCCCGGAGGAGGCGGCGCUGGCGUACGACCAGGCGGCCUUCGCGAUGCGGGGCGGCGCGGCCGUGCUCAACUUCCCCGCGGAGCAUGUCCGGCGGUCGCUGGACGGCGCCGGCGACGACGUGUGCGGGCGCGCCGACGGGUUGUCACCCGUGCUGGCCCUCAAGCGGCGUCAUUCUAUGCGAAGGCGGCCCGCGGGUGCGAGCCGUAAGCCCAAGGCCGCGCGGCGGCCGGAGGGCGUGAUGGAGCUGGAGGACCUCGGCUCGGAGUACCUCGAAGAGCUGCUCGGCGCCUCCGAGGAAAGCUCUGCUUCUUGGUGUUGGAGCCACAACUCUAUCUGAUUCUCAAGUCAACACUCCCGCAAUCACGAUCAGUCGGCAAGGGAAGUUCUGCUGGUGGCUUGAGAACUUCCAAUGCACGGUCGAGAAGAAGAGAAUUGGCCAUGGCUUCAAGAUGAUGGAUCGAUCAUCAUUUGUGUUUUUUCUUCUUCCAUGUUGCUUACUGCUGGCCCGGCGACACAAUUCAGCUAGACUAGCUUCUUCAUGACGAAAUUGGAGAAACCGACAGCGGAGUGAGAUUUUGUUUUUUCGAACCUCAGGUUGGCAAGAGCACAGGUGUGUACAAGUUUUCAAAUCGCCGAAUGUUUUGGUUUGAAUUUGCGCUUAGACUAGUGGAUUCAGUCACCCACCGGGUUGAGAGUGAGGGUGAGUUGUGUACAUCUUUUUGAGCGCCAAAUGCUGGGAUUUAAAUCUAGUCAAAAUUAGUUGUUGUAAAUAGUUUUGAUUUGGUCGAAAAGAGGCACGACAUUACAUAGGCGCCAAGUUUGAAUAGUACAAGAGAUUUUUGUUAGAUGGUAGUAUAAGAAAUUGUUGUUAGCUUUGGCCU